UAAGUAAGAGAGUAACGACAAUGGAUUCAUACUGGGAUCGCCUGGCCGCUGACCACUGAGGCUUUGUACUACUAGUACUAAGAGUGAGGAAAUAUGAGGGACAAAGUUGUCACUCAGAACUAAAUAUCACUAUUUGCAGCAUUCCACAUACAGUAUAGAUGAGUGGUGUGUACGCAGUACUGGUAAAAUGAAUUGAGCCAAAAACGUGGGUGGUGCUUGUGAACCUUUGAGGUACUCAUCAUGCAGGAAACAAACAAAGAGAGACGGUGUAGGUUUUGAGAGCUCUUCUUUCCCUUUAAAAAAAGCCUCCAUCUCAUUUUCAAGACCCAAGCAGCACGCUUUAUAUCUGACAAAGACAGAAAACUAAGAGGGUGCGUUGAAAGGUAAAAGACCGGGGGGAGGAAGAAGAAGAAGAAGAAGCAUGAGUGGCUCCAGCGAACGAAAGAAAGCAGCCUUACAUGGAAAGUUGCAGCAACUUCGUUCUGUAACUAACUCCACCGCGGUGAAUACAGCAUCCAUCAUAGUUGAUGCUUCGAGGUACAUAAAAGAGUUGAAGGAAAGAGUAGAAAAGAAAUAUCAAGAUGUUGCAGCAACUUCACAAAUAUCAUCAGGUGACCCAAACGCAUUACCCGCGGUAACCGUGGAAACCCUAGAAAAGGGAUUUCAGAUUAACGUGUUUUCAGAAAAGAACUGCCCUGGCCUGCUGGUAUCCAUUCUGGAAGCCUUCGAGGAGCUAGGUCUGGAAGUAUUGGAUGCUAAGGUUUCUUGCUCGGAUAAUUUCCGCCUCGAGGCCGUUAGUGAAAACGAAGGGCAAGAGGAUAACAUAGAUGCCCAGGUGGUUAAACAGGCAGUGUUACAGGCCAUCAGGAACUGGAGCGCAAGUAGUUAUGAACAAGAAUAACCUUUUCAGCAACAAGGUCAAUGUAAUGUUAAUUCUCUUCUCUCUAGUUUUCUUUAGAUCCUUGCUCUUCUUGUUGUGGAUUCGUAGCGUGCAGUAAGAAAUCAUCUGAUGAAAAAAGCGGAGCACUCAAUCUUUUAAAUUCUAUUAAUGAUCUAGUGGUGAGCAAAUUCAGCGUGUUUGGAUUGAAAAUUAUUUGGCAAAAUUGUUUUUAAAGAUUUCGUGUACCACUUUUUUUCCCUUACAAUUUGAUGUACGUGAAGCAAUUGAAAAAAAAAAUAAAAAAAAAUGAUUAACAAAAAAUUUACCGAG